GCCCUCCUCGGAAGUAGCCGGGGAGCAAGGCGGCCCAGCAGGGCUGGCUUGCCGCGAAGGUAAACAUGGCGGCCACGGACGCAGCGGCCCCGUCCGCGGGUUUGACCCCAGCCCCGCUGCUGGCUACGACUUCAGACUCGGCCGCGACUCGAGCCAGUAGAGGAGAUGCCGCUACCUACGCGACCUCGGGCCGGUGGGGAUUCGACACGGGGUUGCGAGGAAGCCGGGCUAGGACGGCGGGGGGAAAGCGGCAGCCCUCAACCGCGACGCCGAGCCCGACUCCUGCGGGCGAACUGAUCCGGCCGUCGGUGUCGGAGCUGUCCCGUGCCGUGCGCACCAACAUUCUGUGCACAGUGCGCGGCUGCGGCAAGAUCCUGCCCAAUGGGCCCGCGCUCAAUAUGCACCUGGUGAAGAGCCAUCGCCUGCAGGAUGGAAUAAUAAAUCCAACAGUAAGAAAGGACUUAAAAACGACACCAAAAUUCUAUUGUUGCCCUAUUAAAGGAUGCCCUAGAGGUCCUGACAGGCCAUUUUCACAGUUUUCUCUUGUAAAACAGCACUUUAUGAAAAUGCAUGCUGAAAAGAAGCAUAAAUGUGAUAAAUGUAGCAACUCCUAUGGUACUGAAUGGGACUUAAAACGACAUGCAGAGGAUUGUGGCAAGACUUUCCAGUGCACCUGUGGCUGCCCGUAUGCCAGCAGAACAGCAUUGCAGUCACACGUUUAUCGAACUGGCCAUGAGAUCCCUGCAGAGCACAGGGACCCACCUGGUAAGAAAAGGAAAAUGGAAAACUCUCUGCAUAACCAGCAGUUGUCUGAUAAGGCCCUUGAAUCACUGAUCAACAAACCAGCUACUAGAACAGACACCCAAGACUUGGAAACUUCAGAGAUAAAGUUGGUGGCUUCUUUUGAAGAUUCUUGUAGCUCUAAUGCCAGAAAGCAAACCCUUACACCUCCAAGAUAUACUCAGAAAUUGCUUUUGCCAAAGCCCAAAGUGGCUUUGGUUAAGCUUCCUGUUAUGCAGUUUUCACAUUUGCCUAUCUUUGUGCCUGCAGCAGACUCUUCAGUCCAGCCUAUGGUGGUUGGUGUUGAUAAUCAAGGGUCUGUCACAAGCACUGUUCAUCUGCUUCCUUUGUCAACAGGAACCUUGAUACUAGGAUUGGAUUCAGAGGGUUUCUCACUUAAGGAAAGUUUACCGCUUUCAAAAACAGUCAAUCCUGUUGCUGUUGAGCCUAUUAGUACAGGUGUACAAGUGAAUUUGGGCAAAAACCCAACUAAUGCUUUACAAGAAUUAGGAAAUGUGUGUCAAAAGAAUAAAAUUUCUUCCAUCAAUGUACAGACAGAUGUAUCUUAUGCAUCACAAACUCUCAUGUCUCCUUCACCUUGGGUCCCUCCUGAUUCCUCUGUAUCUUCUUGUUCUCAGACAGAUUUAACAUUUGAUUCUCAAGUUUCUCUGCCCAUCAGUGUUCAGACUCAAACAUUUUUACCCAGUUCUAAGGUAACCUCAUCUAUAGCAGCGCAGACAGAUGCCUUUACUCAUGCUUGUCUGCAGCCAUGUGGAAUCUCUAGAGAAACUCAGACCAGUGGAAUCCAGAGUUCAACAGAUGCCACAAUGUCGAUGAACCAAGCUGUCAUGUGUAAUGAUAUUUUUGAGAAUGUCCAUGCAUACAAUGUUUCUACCCCAAACAUUGCAAACAAUAGUUUAGUCACUGCCCCUGUAUCUCACAGUUUGUUAUCCCAGGAUGGCUGUAAGACUUUGAAUGAGGAUGUUGUAAAAUCUACACCUGUUAUGAAUUUCAGCACACAAAAUAAUAUACUCCCAUCACAAAACAUGACUGAUAACCAAACCCAGACAAUAGAUUUGUUAAGUGAUCUGGAAAACAUACUGUCCAGUAGUCUGCCAGGCCAAACUUUGGACAGCCGUAGUCUCCUGUCUGACAGUAAUACCGGAGCUGACACUCAGCUGUCAUCUGGGUCAACCCAGAACACAGGAAUUGAUUUUGACAUUGAAGAGUUUUUUUCAGCUUCAAAUAUCCAAACUCAAACAGAAGAGAGUGACCUUAGCAACAUAAACACUGAACCAGUCUUGGAAUCUCUGGAUAUAGAAACCCAAACAGACUUCUUACUGGCAGACAACACCACUCAGUCUUACAGUUGUAAAGGGAAUUCCAACUUCUUAGGCCUGGAAAUGUUUGAUACUCAAACACAGACAGAUUUAAACUUCUUCUUAGAUACUAGUCCUCAUCUGCCUCUGGCAAAUAUUCUGAAGCACUCUAGCUUUUCCGUGAGUACUGAUUCAUCUGACACAGAAACUCAAACUGAAGGACUCUCUGUUGAUAAAAAUAUACCUGGCUUGGAAAAAGUCCAGUUGAAUAGUACAGAAACCCAGACUAUGAAUAGUGGUUUUGAAACCCUCGGGAAUUUGUUCUUUACUAGCAAUGAAACUCAGACUGCAAUGGAUGACUUUCUUUUGGCUGAUUUGGCCUGGAAUACGAUGGAGUCUCAGUUCAGUUCUGUAGAAACACAGACAUGUGCUGAACUGUGUUCCGUGUCAAACUUCUAAGACAUGAGUCCAAGUGUGGCGGAAAUCACUUGGAAACUUCCCUUUGCGGGGAGAAAAUAAAAGAAUAGAGGACAACAGUGGUCUUAUCUGUGUUGAAUGUAACUGAUUAUGCAGUCCCUUAGCAGUUUUCUCAAGAUAUUUUGCCUCUUGUAUUUGUAAACAUGAACUUGUGUUUUGUAAAGUGUCAAUGUCUAUAAAUUAUUUUUUAGUUGCUCCCUGAUACUACUUCAUUGAUAGUAAUAGCUAUCACAGUUCUUGUAUUUUCCUUUGUACAUUUAAAGUUAUUUCACUGAAAUCAAGUCUACCUGCUUCUGGACUAUAACCUAUUUUGUGUUGUGUUUUUGAAACAUUUUGGUCUUUGAGUAUAGAAAGUGCUUUACUAGGGAGAAAAAGAAACUAAAUUUUGGGGGAUUUUUGCACCUAAAACUUGAAAAAUGUUGACUAAAAAUUCCUGUUGGUCCUUGAAGCUAGUAUUUGGGGUGGACUAAUGCUUUCUAAUCUCUAGCCUAGCAAGCUAUGUCAGAUAUAUGUAGCUAGAUUUAUGGAAAUGACAGCCACAUUUUUUUUUAUUUUUUGGUUUGGGAAUUUCACCAUCUGUUUUCUAACUUAGGGAAUUAAAAAAAACACAGCAGCCCUGUUUCAGUCUUUAUCUAUUAAAAUAAUUACUGUACAAAAGAUAUAGUGACUAACUACUCUGUGAGCUACUACAUAGAUAUCUAGUACUUUUAAAAUGUGCUUUUUCCACAAGGGAUUUUCCUGUAACAGUGCUCUUUAAAGGAAAAUGAUAGAUAGAAAGUGAUGUUCUGUUGAAAGUAAUUGUCCCCUAACAAAAUUAGGAGUGAAACUAUGAAAAUCAUUUAUUGAUCCAGAUUGGAAUUUUUCAUAAAUAAUCUCACAUUGAUUUUCUAAGUGUCAGAGACUGAGUGGUGCUCAAGAGCUACUUCCCAAAGCAAACAAAAUGGAUCUAAUGGAUUUGUUUCCUCUUGAUGUUAAGGAAUCCUGCCCUACUUUAAAAAAAAAAAAAACAAACCCAAACCUUAUCUCUUUCUCCUCCUUGGCUAAAUGAGGGCAAGAGUACAAUCUGUGUUUCUUUUUAAAGUGCCCCAAUUUUUAUAUCUUCAGCAAUGGCCAACAUCUCUCGAUGAAAUGCUCUGGUAAGGGAAUAAUAUUUGUGCCUUGGGGCUGGACAUUCUAGAGUAGAUUUAUCCUAAAUACCAUGUUUAUUCUGGGUUUUUUUUUUUGGGUGGGGGGAUGUUAAAACUUUAAGGCAAGAAUACCAAAUAGUACAGGUCCUAAUAUAAGUGUGAGAAGAAAGGCAAAUGGCUUCAAUAAGGAGGGCAUCAUAUGACUAAUAUAGAAGAGAGAGGAUUCAAGAAUAUUGCUGGUGUUUUUCUUUGGUUUCAUAAAAUGUUAGCCAAGUUUGAGAAGAUUGAGAUUCUUUAGUUUGACAGACACAUUUUCUAAGUUUACAAAACCAUCUUAUGGUCCUACUAUUAGACAUGCUUAUGCAGAUGGCAGGCAAUGGUUUAAAGAAACAUACCAAAUCUCAGAAGGGAACUACUUACUGACAGAAGUAAACUAAAGUUAUGUUAUGCUGCUAUUUCACAUGUCUAAUACAGAGGCCAUAACAUAAUGAUUUUAGGAGGUUUUAGUGAUGAUCAAUAAUUUCCCAUUUGAAGCAGUUGAAUUCAAUGUGAUAGAUGACAGGAAAGAACUGUGAUUUGAUCAGAAUGAAUAUAGAUCUGGAUUUCAAAACUUAAACAUAUAAAGCCUUAACUUAGCAAUUCCAUGUGUUCUUAGGAUUGUCAUUGCCUUAAUGUUUAAACUCUCUUGGCAAAGGAGCAGUGCAUGUUUGUUUAUGCCUUGUGUAAAUACUGUGUGUUGUGAUCCUUGGCUUGAAGAAGCACUUUGUUUCUGUGAUAAUGGAUAUUUUUUUCUUAAUUCAGUCAGUAGAUAUUUAUAGGAAAGUAAAGCAUGUACAAAUAAAAAUAACAAAUGAGGCUUGUUUUAAAAGCAUUUCUCCAGUUACCUGAAGUACUCAAAAAUGAAAUAAAGCUCACUAUAAAACCUAAAAUUCAGUGAUUAAAGAGAAGUCGAAAUCAUUUAAACUAUAUUGUUAAGAAUUCGUGAAGGUCUUUACUCAAACUUAGCUUGUCUUCAUUCUAAACUUUUUACAAAAAGCUCAUUUCCCAUUAAGAGCCAUACUGCUUUCAACUUUUGUUUGACUAUGAAAAUAAACAUGCCAAGAAUUUUACUAGCAGAAAGAAAUGCUAAAUGGUAUCUGUACAGGUGAUAAAAAUUUCACUUUAGAUCUAGAUGACAAAUCAAUAAAUUUUAUUAAGCAAAAAGUUUUAAAUUUUAUGAACUAUCUGUUGGAAAACAGCCAACUGAUUCAAAGAAUUACUUUGGUUGAUAAAAAUUCUCAAACAUGAACCUUUAAAAAAAGAUACACCACUUUUAUGGAAAUAAUUAUGGUUCUGGCAUAAGACCUAAGAUUUGGAGGUUAGAAUAUGUUUGGCUACUACCUUUACCCUUUCAGUAAAAGGUUGUGUGGUUCUAGGAUAAGCAUUCAUUCUAUAUGGGCCUGUUUUCCUGCAUAAGAUAAAGGAAGCUCAUCCUAAAAAGGAAUGUAACUUAACGACAUACUUUUAGAACUUUGUGACUGGUGUGGUGGCACAUACCUGUAAUCCCUGCUCCUUGGGAAGGCUGAGGCUGAUAGAUUGUUUUAAUUCUGAGAUUCUGAGCUGCAAUGGGCUAAGCCAAUUGGGUUUUCACACAAAGCUCAACGCAAAUGUGGCUAGCCCCCUGGGAAUGAGAGGCCACCAGCUGCCUAAAGAGGAACAAACCAGCCCAGGUCAGAAAAACAGCAGACUAAAGCUUCUAUGCUUAUCAGAGUUGGAUCAGACCUGUGAGUGGCCACUGUACUUAUAGCCUGUGUUAAGUCUUUUGAAAAAAAAAAGAAUCAUCUAGUGCUUUUUCAUCUUAUAACAGUUUUUGUUUUUGUUGUAAAUUCUGAUCUAAAAGGUGUGAGAUGGAUUAAGUUAAUGUAGUUCAGUAGUUUAAUUAUAUUUUGACCCACAUCAGUAAAUCCUACUUCAGAGCAUCUAUUAAAAAGUACUUCAAUUUUUGCCAGCAUAUUAGUAAUAUCUGGUACAAAUACUUAGCAACCCCAUUACUGGGCACAUACCUCAAGGAGCUCAAUGACAGGUUGACAGAAAGGCCCUGUUUGUAACAAACUAAAAUACUCAUAGCAGCAUUUUUUUUUUGCAAUAGCAAAGAACUAGAAACAAAUUAAGCGCUCAUCAGUUGAGGAAAUCAUGGAAGGAAAUGACAAAUGUGAAGAACUCAGAAACGUAAAAACAGAUGGAGUCAAGAAGUGUGAGAGAAGUACGAUCAAGAAAGUGUGCACACAAACUACAACGAUGUAAACAAAAAUAAGAAGCAGCUGAACACAGAUGAAAUGCAGAGAUUUCCCCAUAGAAUGGUGAAGGGGUGAUGGACAUUAACUGUUAUAAACAAUGUUUAUAACAAAUGGCUUUGUUGAUUGACUUUGUUUAUUUGUUAUAAGGGAGCAUUCAGUGGCAGAGAAGAUCAAGAAAUGAUGGAUGUUAAAAUAUAGCUUCAAAAAUAAUUUAAAUGUUAUAAAUAUUUGGUUCAAAUGAAAAAUGAUGAAUUUAAAACUUCUGGAAGAAUGAUGGGGUUGGGGGGAGCAUUAAAUAAUAGGAAUUUGUUUAGAUCCUUCUGGAAGACUUUGGCCAACAUAAAGAUCUCUUAAGCAGAAGGAAGAUCAUUGCCAGGCAAUGAUGUCCCUUGAAAGGAUUAACUAAGUUAAUAAUGAACUAGAACUCAUAAUGAUACAAUACAGUUUUAUUGUUUUUUAUUUUGUGUAGCAAAAGAGACUCCCUUGUAGCAGACUAAAGCAAUCAGAUGUGACUUAUAAAAUACUAGCAGUCCAAGAUCCAUCAACAUGACCAAAUUGUGAAAUCUUAAGUUGUAAGCACAUUUUCAAUCAUUUGAAUGGGGCAGAUACAUAAGGUCAUGAACUGAAAAUAAACAAACAUCCAUGUCAGCCAUAUUGAAAUUCUCGGGAAAAGGCCAUUAUUUAUUCCCUUCAAUGGAGACAUUAAAGUCAUGCAUAAAAAGU